GUCCGCCCCAUGCGCUGUGUUCAUGCGCAGUAAGUCAGUACGUUGUCCAGAUUCUUUGUGCCAUUCCACGCAUACCAACAAGUACAAAACAAAUUAUGUCUUCCAGUUGGCCAAAUGUGGAUCAAAAUUUACCACCUGGCCCCCCUGAAACUAUGACUAAAGCUGAAAGUAGUCCUGGUAGUGGGGAUGGCGAUGUAGAUGACCUUUCAAAUGAUGCUGAAGGUGUUUGGAGUCCAGACAUUGAACAGAGCUUUCAAGAGGCAUUAGCUAUAUAUCCACCAUGCGGACGUAGAAAAAUUAUUUUGUCUGAUGAAGGGAAAAUGUAUGGAAGAAAUGAACUUAUUGCAAGAUAUAUAAAGUUACGGACAGGAAAGACCAGAACUAGAAAACAAGUCUCUAGUCACAUACAGGUUCUUGCAAGAAGGAAAGCAAAAGAAAUACAAGCACAGCUUAAGUCCAUUCCAAUGCAGGACCAGUCAGCUAAGGAUAAGGCAUUGCAAAGUAUGGCAUCCAUGUCAUCAGCCCAAAUUGUAUCUGCUAGUGCCAUUCACAAUAAAGCAAUUCAGCAGGGACUUGCAAUUCCUCACAGUGUUGGUCCAGUUCGACCGUCAUACUCAGCAGGUGCUUCACAAUUUUGGCCUCAAAAUAAUGUUGGACCUCAAACUGAUGUUAAGCCAUCAUUUGGUACACCAGGUUAUUUAGAACACAAAUCACAAACAUCUGUGAACAGUGAAGUGGUAGCUCCGCCAUGGCAAGGCAGGUCAAUAGCUGGUCCAAAACUACGUCUUUGUGAAUUUAGUGCUUUCUUAGAACAGACAAGAGAUCCAGAUAAUUAUGCAAAACAUUUAUUUGUUCACAUUGGAUCUACAGCAACAUAUUCUGAUCCACUUUUAGAGGCUGUAGAUAUUCGACAAAUUUAUGACAAAUUUCCAGAAAAGAAAGGUGGAUUGAAAGAAUUGUAUGAUAAAGGUCCUCAAUCAAGUUUUUUCUUGGUGAAGUUUUGGGCUGACAUUAAUACCAAUGAAGCUGAUGAAAGUGGUGCAUUUUAUGGCGUGACAAGCCAGUAUGAAGGAAAUGAAAAUGUACCCAUUAAUUGUUCAACUAAAGUGUGUUCAUUUGGAAAACAAGUUGUAGAAAAGGUAGAGACUGAGUAUCCACGGUAUGAAAAUGGCCGCUUUGUAUAUCGAAUUCAUCGAUCUCCAAUGUGUGAAUACAUGAUUAACUUCAUACACAAAUUAAAACACUUACCAGAAAAAUAUAUGAUGAACAGUGUGUUGGAAAAUUUCACAAUUUUACAGGUUGUGUCAAACAGAGAUACACAAGAGACAUUAUUAUGCAUUGCAUAUGUUUUUGAAGUUUCAACAAAUGAACAUGGUGCACAACAUCAUAUUUAUCGCCUUGUGAAAGAUUAAAUCUAUGCAAUAUAUUGUUAAAGCAUUGUAGUAACAUGACUGUAUAUAGCUAUCAUCCUCUUUUCUCAGAGUAUAACUUUACCUGGCAUCUAAUCAUGAAACUGUUACAGAUAACAAUAAAAUUUUAGAAAAAUUCA